GAAUUCACCAGCUUAACAGUGACUCUCUAAGCUGGUAUUCAGUUUAACUUCGACUGUCAAACAGUGGAGAACAUUUUAAGUACUUGUGGGAUCUCGUGUUUAAAAACAGAUUUUUAAAUAAAUAUUCACUUAUAGUAAAACAUACUUUCCAAAAAAGUAACAAACAUGGCAAACAAUAGAGCAGCUAAGUCUGGAUUUGCCGCAGAAGCACAAAGAAAGAUAAACAGUAAAUAUAGUGAGGAAUUAGCACAAGAAUGUCUUAAAUGGAUUAAAGUAAUUACAAAAGUGGAGAUUGAAACGAGUGGUGACAUGGAUAAUUUUUAUGAAAUCCUUAAGGAUGGAACUCUUCUCUGCAGAUUAAUCAACGAAAUCCAGCCAGGUUCAAUAAAAAAAACUAAUGACUCGAAAAUGGCUUUCAAAUGUAUGGAGAAUAUUAAUGCUUUUUUGGAAGCAGCGAAAAAUCUUGGUGUUCCAGCACAGGAAACAUUCCAAACUGUUGAUCUUUGGGAACGACAAAAUCUUAACUCUGUCGUAAUUUGCUUACAAUCACUUGGAAGAAAGGCUGGAAAUUAUGGUAAACCAGUCAUUGGACCAAAAGAGGCUGAGAAGAAUGUCCGUAACUUUUCCGAAGAGCAAUUACGAGCUGGACAAGGAGUUAUAAGCUUACAAUAUGGUAGCAACAAAGGAGCAACUCAAAGUGGUAUUAACUUUGGAAAUACCCGGCAUAUGUAGAUUUGGUUUUUUUUUAAUAUUAAAUCUAAUUUUUUUAUUCAUUUUCUUUUUUAUUAGAUUUUAUGAAUUUAUGAAAUGUGUCAGUUAUAAAAUAACAAAAUAAUUUUGUACAAUUUACAAAAAGUAUGCAACUUUGUAUAAUACUGAUUUAUAAUUUAUAAUGUAAUUUUUCAAUGGUUAAUUUUUUCAACUAAUCUUUCGUCACUAAUAUAAUAAGCGCGGUGUCACCUUUUUUCAUUAUUAUUUUUUUUCCUAUUUCUCAACUUGAGGUCAAUAAAUAAACCUGCUUUAAAAA